AUGUUGCAUGUUUUAUUACUAUUUCUUUUCAAUUUCCCCGGUAUAUUUGGUGCGCUUGGUGGCUUAAUCGGUCGAACGCAAAGUGCGGGUAUUGAAGGUACCCUUAUGUGUGAUGGAAAACCACUUGGUGGUGUUCUUAUCAAAUUAUAUGAUGAUGAUAGAGGUACUGAUACAGACGAUCUAAUGGCAAAAGGUAGGACAGAUAGUAAAGGUCAUUUUCGUAUUUCGGGUUAUACCAAUGAAGUGUCAACAAUUGAUCCGAAACUUAACAUUUAUCAUGAUUGUAACGAUAAUUGGAUUGUAAUAGUUUCAUUUAUUUUUAAAUUUUUUUUUAUAUUUUUAGGUUUACCUCAAAUAUUUUCAAAAAAGCAGAAAUGA